AUGGAAGAGAUCUGGGAGAGAUCGCUUUCGCCUGAGCGAAAGGCCUAUUUGGCGCAGUCUCGCAUUCCUGAGGUCAUUCUAUGUAAUGUGAUUCUCCUCGCAAUUGCGACCGCGGGGCUGGCGGUGCGUCUUUUUGUCCGGAUGCGAUAUCUUACCGGCAUCAACUUUGACGACAUAUUAUGUGUGACCAGCUGGGUCUUCACAAUUGUUCUGUGCGCUACUUGCAUGAGGAUGACAAAGUAUGGAUUUGGCAAACAUAUUGGAACAAUUCAGGACUUUUACACCCGGUCCAUGUUUCUGAAACUCGACUUCGUCACCAUGAUCGCAUAUGUCCUAGCCCUUGGCGCCAUCAAAGUGUCCUUCUGCCUGCUCUACCUACACAUUUUCCCCGGAAAGAAGUUCCGGAUCGCCUGCUGGUGUAUACUGGCUAUCCUCGUUGCGGAGACUAUUGAGGAGGCACUUGUCGUGGUCUUUCAAUGUUGGCCUGUCUACAAGGCCUGGGAUGCCACUGGCCUCGUGGAGGGGAAGUGCGUCGACAUGAAUCUUUUUUACUACGUCAAUUUUGCCAUUAAAUUGGGAACCGACAUAGCCCUUUUCGCGAUGCCUAUGCCAAAAUUAGUGCAGUUGAAAAUGACGCUGGGCAAACGGGUGGGUUUGGUGUUUAUGUUUAGUCUGGGACUACUUGUUUGCGUGACGAGUGUCAUUCGAGUAAGCUACAUGAAUAAGUUCCAGGAGGACCACACAUGGGUAUUGGUCGACACAAUGAACUGGUCUUGCGUGGAAGUCGCAGUCGCCAUCUUUAUCGCAUGCAUACCGUCCUUCAAAUCGCUCAUCACAUACCGAUUUCCGGCGCUACAACGUAUGCUGGGUUUGUCCAGCAAAGGCGGAUCGAUGGGUCCUUCAAGGAUGUACGGCACUGCGACUCGUCGGACAUACAACGGCCUAACAACGGGGCAUCAAAACAGCAUCAAGUUGAAGCCCGUGGUAGGAGAGAGCCAGGCGGAAGUGGAAACUAGCCAAAAUGGCUCGCAGGAACGCAUCGUGCACGCCGGUAUCCACGUCACGACAGAUGUUCGAAUCAACGAGACCGUUUGAUGGCGCUCGGAUCGAGAUUGCCUGAUCCGAUAGUGACGAAUGCGAUUAAUCUUACUCCAUUUACCCACGCUCCUGCACUUCGAACAUCUACGUACUCGGGUCUAACAGUGGAUCUUUUCUGUUUUCCUACGGUGUAGUCCGUACAAAGUAGCGUCAGCCAGCCAGACUAUCCCGAUCUCGACCAUACUCCGUGCGCCUGGCCCCCAUCGCGAGUCAAGAACUCCGCGAUACAUCAAGCCAGGGAAACUGGUUGUCAAUCUAGACUGGUACGCCAAGAGGGAGAGUCAAACCGGUGGGCCCGAACUAUACACACAAGGGCAUUAGGUCAACUCUACGAGCCUUACAGAUUGGAUAGAAUCCUGCUCGGCGAAACAACGAAUCUACGGAGUAACUGCCCACCCCCCCGUCGACUAUCCGUUAAUCUAUGCGUUGCACGCCACUGCCGCACGAGUGGGAAGUCUAAACAUCCCAAGCCUUGUGAGUGGCGGAGAUGGCCCGAGAUCCAGGCAGGUGGGCCGCCUAAACCCG